ACUUCGCUGCUUGAUCUCGUGGUCGAUCACAUUUCACGUCUCUUCUCUCUCUCUUUCUCUCUGCCUCUCUCGCCAUGGAAGCCAGCGCCGGUCUUGUGGCCGGUUCUCACAACCGCAACGAGCUUGUCGUCAUCCAUAACCACGAAGAGCCGAAGCCUCUGAAGAAUCUGGACGGGCAAUUCUGCGAGAUAUGCGGGGAUCAGAUCGGGCUGACGGUGGAUGGAGACUUGUUCGUGGCAUGCAAUGAGUGUGGAUUUCCAGUGUGCAGGCCUUGCUAUGAGUACGAGCGGAGAGAAGGCACUCAGAACUGUCCCCAGUGCAAAACUCGCUACAAGCGCCUCAAAGGGAGCCCCAGGGUGGAGAGAGACGAGGAUGAAGAGGAUAUCGAUGAUAUCGAGCAUGAAUUCAACAUCGAAGAUGAGCAGAACAGGCAGAAGCAAUCAGCUGAAGCUAUGCUUAAUGGAAAAAUGAGCUAUGGAAGAGGCCCUGAUGAUGAAGACAACCCCCAUUUCUCACUUGUUCAUGCUAGAUCGGUAAGUGGAGAGUUCCCCGUUGGAGGGUAUGGUCAUGGAGAGCAAGGGCUGUCUUCUUCGCUUCACAAACGUGUCCAUCCAUAUCCAGCUUCUGAAGCUGGAAGUGAGAGAUGGGAUGAUAAGAAGGAGGCAGGAUGGCGAGAAAGAAUGGAUGACUGGAAGCUCCAACAGGGAAAUCUUGGGCCAGAACCAGACGAUGACCCUGAGAUGGGACUGAUUGAUGAGGCUACCCAGCCGCUGUCACGGAAAGUGCCCAUUGCUUCGAGCAAGAUCAAUCCAUAUCGGAUGGUCAUUGUUGCCCGGCUUCUGAUUCUGGCAUUUUUCCUGCGGUAUAGGAUCUUGAACCCUGUUCAUGAUGCUAUCGGCCUGUGGUUGACCUCUGUGAUCUGCGAAAUCUGGUUCGCAAUCUCUUGGAUUCUUGAUCAAUUCCCUAAGUGGUUCCCUAUUGAUCGCGAGACCUAUCUUGACCGCCUUUCCCUCAGGUACGAGAGGGAAGGCGAACCGAAUCUGCUUGCCCCAGCAGAUGUCUUUGUCAGUACGGUGGAUCCGAUGAAGGAGCCUCCACUUGUGACGGCCAACACUGUGCUAUCAAUCUUGGCCAUGGACUAUCCAGUUGAAAAAAUCUCCUGCUAUGUCUCUGAUGACGGUGCAUCUAUGCUCACCUUUGAGUCUCUCUCUGAAACUGCUGAAUUCGCAAGAAAAUGGGUUCCCUUCUGCAAAAAGUUCAGCAUAGAGCCACGUGCUCCGGAGAUGUACUUCACCUUGAAGGUUGAUUACCUCAAGGACAAAGUUCAGCCAACUUUCGUUAAAGAACGACGAUCCAUGAAGAGGGAAUACGAGGAGUUCAAGGUGAGGAUCAAUGCUCUAGUGGCAAAGGCAUCAAAGGUUCCACUAGAAGGGUGGAUCAUGCAAGACGGAACACCAUGGCCUGGGAACAACACUAAGGAUCACCCUGGUAUGAUCCAAGUCUUCCUUGGCCACAGUGGAGGCCACGAUGUAGAAGGCAAUGAGCUUCCUCGGCUCGUGUAUGUGUCCCGUGAGAAGAGGCCUGGUUUCCAGCACCACAAGAAGGCCGGUGCCAUGAAUGCUCUGGUCCGUGUGUCAGGAGUAUUGACAAACGCUCCAUUCAUGCUGAACUUGGACUGCGACCACUACGUGAACAACAGCAAGGCCGUGAGAGAAGCAAUGUGUUUCUUGAUGGACCCUCAGAUCGGAAAGAAGGUUUGCUAUGUUCAGUUUCCACAAAGAUUCGAUGGUAUUGACAGGCACGACCGUUACGCUAACAGGAACACCGUCUUCUUUGAUAUCAAUAUGAAAGGUCUAGAUGGGAUCCAGGGUCCAGUCUAUGUUGGUACAGGUUGUGUCUUCAGACGGCAAGCCCUUUAUGGUUAUGAGCCACCAAAAGGUCCUAAACGUCCAAAGAUGGUUAGCUGCGGAUGCUGCCCUUGCUUUGGUAGCCGGAGAAAGAACAAGUACUCUAAGAAUGACAUAGCCGCCCUAGGAGAUGGUGGUGAGGGUGAGAAGGAGAAUUUGAUGUCUCAGAUGAACUUUGAGAAAAAAUUCGGACAGUCGGCUAUAUUCGUGACUUCAACUUUGAUGGAAGAUGGCGGUGUUCCUCCAUCGUCAAGCCCUGCAGCCCUCCUCAAGGAGGCAAUCCAUGUCAUAAGCUGUGGCUACGAAGACAAGACUGAAUGGGGAACUGAGCUGGGUUGGAUUUAUGGUUCGAUCACGGAGGAUAUCCUGACAGGUUUCAAGAUGCACUGCCGCGGUUGGAGGUCUAUUUACUGCAUGCCGAAAAGGGCAGCCUUCAAGGGUUCGGCUCCCAUUAACCUAUCAGAUCGGUUGAACCAGGUUCUACGUUGGGCACUUGGAUCGGUAGAGAUCUUCUUCAGUAGGCACAGCCCGGUCUGGUACGGCUACAAAGGAGCCAAACUCAAGUGGCUCGAGCGGUUCGCUUAUGCCAACACAACCAUCUACCCAUUCACCUCCAUACCACUCCUCGCUUACUGCAUCCUACCUGCCGUCUGCCUUCUCACAGACAAAUUCAUCAUGCCACCUAUAAGCACAUUUGCGAGUCUCUUCUUCAUCGCUUUGUUCUCAUCGAUCAUCGCAACGGGUAUCCUCGAGUUGAGGUGGAGCGGAGUGAGCAUAGAAGAAUGGUGGAGGAACGAGCAAUUCUGGGUCAUCGGAGGAAUCUCGGCCCACCUCUUCGCGGUGGUUCAAGGUCUGCUGAAAAUCUUGGCCGGCAUUGACACGAACUUCACUGUCACAUCAAAGGCGGCGGACGAUGAAGACUUUGGCGAGCUGUACGCGUUCAAGUGGACGACGCUGCUCAUUCCUCCGACCACAGUCCUGAUCAUCAACCUAGUGGGAGUUGUUGCCGGAAUCUCAGACGCCAUUAACAAUGGCUACCAGUCAUGGGGCCCUCUGUUUGGGAAGCUGUUCUUCUCGUUCUGGGUGAUAGUUCAUCUCUACCCUUUCCUGAAAGGUCUGAUGGGAAGACAGAACAGGACGCCGACGAUUGUCGUGAUAUGGUCGGUGCUGUUGGCUUCUAUCUUCUCAUUGCUUUGGGUUAGGAUUGAUCCUUUCGUGCUUAAGACCAAGGGGCCUGACCCCACCAUGUGCGGCAUCAACUGCUGAAGACAAGAACACUCUUUCUUCUGAAAUGUUUUUUUGUACCUUUUUUUUUUGUUUAGAACAUUGUCUGAUCUCUGCAUCUCUCUCUCUCUCUCUCUCUCUCUCUCUCUGUUUGGGAUUGUAUAAUGGGAUUUGUAUAUGAGAAGCAUCUGGUUUUGAUGCAUAAACAACAAACAGAAGGGUAAGGUUUAUUAUGCAUAAUA